AUGGAAGCUGAUAAGUGGACAAGUUUUUCAGAAGGGACUAGUGAUUCUGUAUACGGAGAGGAUCCUGACGAUGAUGACCAUUGUUUUGCAUAUGCAUUCAUUGAUAUACCAAAGUUGCAGUUUAGAUGGCUUGAUCCAUUAGGAAUGGCUGAGGUUGUGGAGAGAAAGGGUGGAUUGUGGACAACUACUGGGAUAGUUCAUAAUGGCAAGAUAUAUUGCUUCAUCGAAGAGAUUUUAUAUCUUGCCGAAAUUGGGGCUCUACAUCUACUCAGUAAAGAUGACACAAUCCUAUCUCUGGAACAUGUGUACAACAAGGUUGCAGAAGGAAAAAAUGGAUGUUCCUUGGAAUAUUAUGAAGCAUAUAAGCACUUGAAAUCUCUUGGUUAUAUAGUUGGGCGUCAGGGAAUUCCUUGGUCAGUAAGAAGGUCAAAAGCAAAUUGUGUUGUUAACCAAGACACGCUGGAGCCUGCUCAAAGUGGAGAUGAAGAAUCAAGAAACAGCAUUCUCAUCUCUGAAAUGAUUAAUAAUAUGCACAUUGGUGGAUUUAAACUGGCCUUUGACGUUUACCCUCCUAAUAGCAGAUUCAGAAAGUCUGCUCCUGGUGAUCCCUGUUUUGUACUUUGUCUUGUGAGUGAGUAUCCACCCUCCAAAGAAGAAAUUGAAGAUCUUGAGAGACAUUCUCAUGGUAUUCCGUUGAAAUUCUGUCUUGUUGAGCAUGGACGCUUGAGCUUUUUCUCCUUCAACAAAGUUGAGCUCCCUAUCCUUCCAUGAUCUUUUCGAGCAACACAUACAAAUCUUGGCAUGCCCUGUGAAGAGCUAUGGUACAAUUAUGAAUUUUUAGUUUGUGGAUUGAUGUUUAAUCGUUGUGUAAUCACAAAACAUCAUUAAUGAAACAACAGAUAACAUGUCUCGUCUUCUUUGCCUUCAGUGCUAACAUACGUGUUACAAUGGUGAAAUUUACUCUUUGCCAGAGCCCCAGAAACACUUUUAUCCCUUGGCUGCUGGACUGCUCUAUCAUUUUUAGCUCCUUUGCAUCAGUCUGUUCACAAC